AUGCCUGGUACAUGCCUGGUACAUUUCUGGUACAUGCCUGGUACAUGUCUGGUACAUGCCUGGUACAUGUCUGGUACAUGCCUGGUACAUGCCUGGUACAUGUCUGGUACAUGUCUGGUACAUGCCUGGUACAUGCCUGGUACAUGCCUGGUACAUGUCUGGUACAUGCCUGGUACAUGUCUGGUACAUGCCUGGUACAUGUCUGGUACAUGCCUGGUACAUGCCUGGUACAUGUCUGGUACAUGUCUGGUACAUGCCUGGUACAUGCCUGGUACAUGCCUGGUACAUGCCUGGUACAUGUCUGGUACAUGUCUGGUACAUGCCUGGUACACGCCUGGUACAUGCCUGGUACAUGCCUGGUAG